GACUCAGAGCACUAAGUGGGUGGAGGACUACAUGCAGUCAUGGCUCCUUGGGCAAGGACCAAAGUGGAGCGGUAUGGUGUAGUCCUGUGGAACUUUGUUGGCCAAGGAGAGAAGCAGCUUUCUCUGGAGGUGGGAGACACAGUUCACAUCCAGGAGGUCUGCGAUGAAUGGUAUAGGGGCUACCUGUCAAGAAACAAGGCUCAAAAGGGAGUUUUCCCUGCCAGUGUUGUACAUCUUAGGGAGGUCAUCAUUGAAAAACGAGGAGAUGAGGAGGUGGUGGUUUCUGCAGAAAUGCCCCUGGUGAAGGAGGUGACCACCACUCUGAGAGAGUGGGGAAGUAUAUGGAAGCAGCUUUUUGUGGCAAACAAACAUAAGCGUGUGAAGCAGGUCCAGAGGCUGAUGUGGGAGCUGAUGGAGUGGCGUUCCCAGCUCCUGUCUGGCACUCUGCCUAGUGACGAAUUCAAAGAGCUCAAGCAGAAAGUCACCUCCAAGAUUGACUAUGGCAACAAGAUCCUGGAGUUGGACCAGGUGGUUCGAGAUGAGGAUGGAAGCAUCUUGGAACCAGAGCGGGCUAGUGUCAUCAGCUUGUUUCGGGCCCACCAGGCAGCCACUGCCAAGAUCAAUGAACGCAUCAAAGAGGAGCAGUCUAAUGUCCAGACAGAUCACAGUGGGAUAUCAGCACGGAUCCAGUCCUCUCCCACCCACAGCCUCUACGUUUUUGUCAGGAACUUUGUCUGUCGCAUCGGAGAAGACUCAGAACUCUUUAUGUCCCUUUAUGACCCCAUCAAACAGACCAUCAUCAGUGAGAACUACCUGGUACGUUGGGGCAGCAAAGGUUUCCCUAAGGAGAUUGACAUGCUCAACAAUCUGAAGGUUGUCUUUACAGACUUGGGGAAUAAAGACCUGAGCAGGGAGAAGAUUUAUCUGAUCUGUCAGAUAGUGAGAGUGGGCAGGAUGGACCUGAAAGAGACCAACAGCAAGAAGAGCACUCAGGGUCUUAGACGGCCUUUUGGGGUGGCAGUGAUGGACAUCAGUGAUAUCAUCAAAGGGAAGAUCGAAUGCGAUGAGGAGAAGCAGUUUUUCAUUCCGUUCUUCCCGGUUGUUGCUGAAAAUGACUUUCUCCAUACCUUGCUGAACAAAUUGACAACCUUACGAGGAGACAGUGGUGGCCAAGGGCUCUGGGUGACCAUGAAGGCUCUGGUAGGGGACAUAGUUCAGAUUCGGAAGGAAUACCCUCACCUGGUGGACCGCAGCACUGUGGUUGCCCGGAAGCUGGGCUUCCCGGAGAUCAUCAUGCCAGGAGAUGUUCGAAAUGACAUCUACCUCACCUUGCAGGGUGGUGACUUCGACAAGUACAACAAGACGACACAGAAAAAUGUGGAGGUCAUCAUGUGGGUCUGUGAUGAGGAGGGCAAGGUCAUACAGAACUCCAUCUGUCUGGGAGCAGGGGAUAAGGCGGUCAGUGAGUACCGUUCUGUCAUCUACUACCAAGUCAAACAGCCCCGCUGGAUGGAGACAUUUAAGGUGGCAGUCCCCCUGGAAGAGAUGCACAAAAUUCAUUUACGCUUCAUGUUCAGGCAUCGCUCCUCCCAGGAGUCCAAGGACAAGAGUGAGAAGAACUUUGCUAUGGCCUUUGUGCGUCUGAUGAAAGAAGAUGGGACAGUUCUACAGGAUGGACUCCAUGACCUUGUCGUCUUCAAGGGUGACAGCAAGCGCAUGGAGGAUGUGAACUGCUACUUGUCAUUGCCCUCCACCCGCCACCACAAUGACCCCCACAAGGGGACAACACUGAGUCGCAGCUCCAGCAAUGUGUCUGGCAGCGGAGGCCUGUCAGUGAGCUCUAGAGACAGUUUCACCAUCUCGACCCUGGUCUGCUCCACCAAGCUUACCCAGAAUGUGGGCCUUCUGGGGCUGCUCAAGUGGAGGACUCGGCCUGAACUCCUCAGAGAUAACCUUGAGAAACUCAAAAUCAUUGAUGGAGAGGAGGUGGUCAAGUUCCUGCAGGACACUCUGGAUGCCUUGUUCAACAUUAUGAUGGAGCACUCUCAGACUGAUGACUACGACAUCCUCGUCUUUGAUGCAUUGAUACACAUAAUCGGUCUGAUUGCUGACAGAAAGUUCCAGCACUUCAACACAGUGUUGGAGGCCUACAUCAAGCAACAUUUCAGUGCCACACUGGCGUACAAAAAGCUGAUGUCGGUGUUGAAGAGGUACCUGGAUGUCUCUAGCCGAGGGGAGCAGUGUGAACCAAUUCUCCGAACCCUUAAAGCCCUCGAGUACAUCUUCAAGUUCAUCGUUCGCUCACGCAUGCUCUACUCCCAGUUGUACGAGGGGAAAGAGCAGGCAGAGUUCGAGGAGUCACUGAGGAGGCUUUUUGAGUCCAUCAACAACCUGAUGAAAACAGACUUCACCACAACUCUGCUGCUCAGGGUUGCGGCUCUGAAGUAUCUGCCAACAGUCCUGCAUGAUGUUGAGAAAGUAUUUGAUGCGAAACUCCUUAGUGAGUUGCUACAUGACUUUUAUUCCUGCAUUCCCCCUGAGAAACUUCAGAAACAGAAGGUGUCUUCUAUGACUGAAAUUGUCAGCAGCCAACUAUUCCAGAAACAAGAAUGCCGUGAUGUUUUGCUACCCAUGAUGCUACGGGAGCUGAGUGGGGCUCUGGCCAGUAUGGCUGAUGGACCUCAUGAUGAUAGGAGAAACAGUCUGGAGCUUCUCAACAACAUUCUGGAGGUCCUCAGCAGGGACAAUGUGGGAGAAACAUUUCAACACAUCCAGGACAUAGUGGUGUCUCUGCUGACGAUCAUCAACCGGACGGUCAUCACGAUGGGUCGAGAGCAUGCUCUUAUCUCCCGGGUUGUAGCAUGCAUGACAGCUAUCCUGAGCCAGAUGGAUGAUCGUCACUAUUCUACAUACAUCGAAACUUUCUCUGGAACCACAGAUCUAGUGGACUUUCUAAUGGAGUCUUUCCUACUUUUCAAAGACCUGAUUGGGAAACAUGUGUAUCCCUCUGACUGGAUGGCCAUGAUCAUGGUACAGAACAGGGUGUUCCUGAGGGCCAUAAACACCUACGCUGACACGAUGAACCAAAAAUUCCUCAACAACGAUGACUUUGAAGUACAGUUGUGGAAUAACUACUUCCACUUGGCCGUGGCGUUUAUUACCCAGGAGUCUCUGCAGCUUCAGCACUUCUCGCCAACCAAGAGGAACAAGAUUCUGGCCAAAUAUGGGGAUAUGAGAAGGCUCAUUGGCUUCGCUAUACGUGACAUCUGGUACAAACUAGGCAGUCAUAAGAUCUGUUUCAUCCCUGGCAUGGUCGGUCCCAUCCUGGAGAUGACUUUGAUCCCAGAGGAGGAGUUGAGGAGGGCCACCAUCCCCAUCUUCUUUGACAUGAUCACCUGUGAAAAUUCACACUCUGGAAAUUUCCAAAAGUUUGAGAAUGAGAUCAUUCUGAAGUUGGAUCAUGAGGUGGAGGGUGGUGGAGGAGAUGAGCAAUACAUGCAACUGCUGGAAACCAUCCUGCUGGAAUGUGCUUUAGAGAAGCCCACGCUCAGGCCACAGGUGCAGCACUUUGUUGCCUUGGUGAAGGGACUCCUCAUUCGUCUCCUUGACUACCGUACAGUGAUGAGCGAUGACAGCCGCAACAACCGCAUGAGCUGCACAGUCAAUCUUCUGAACUUUUACAAGGACAUCAAUCGUGAAGGGAUGUACAUCAGGUACCUCUACAAGUUGAAGGACCUUCACCUGGAGGGUGAAAACUACACUGAGGCAGCAUACACACUUUUGCUCCAUUCUCGCCUGCUCAAGUGGUCAGAUGAUAUGUGCAGCCCCCAGUUUGAGUCCCACGGCGCCCAAACCCAGCGGCAGCAAAAAGAAAAUCUUUACGACAACAUCAUUGACUACUUUGACAAGGGCAAGAUGUGGGAAGAGGCUAUCACUCUGUGCAAGGAGUUGGCUGAACAGUACGAAAACGAGAUCUUUGAAUACGAGUUACUCAGCAAGCGACUGGAGAAACAAGCAAAGUUCUAUGAGAACAUUAUGAAGAUCUUGAGGCCAAAGCCAGACUACUUUGCAGUGGGCUACUAUGGACAAGGCUACCCUCCAUUCCUCAAGAACAAGGUGUUUAUCCACCGUGGUAAGGAAUAUGAGCGCAGAGAGGACUUCCAGAACCAGCUGAUGAGCCAGUUCCCCAGCUCUGUACGCCUCAACACCACCACCAUGCCAGGGGACGAUAUCAGAAACUCUCCACUCCAGUACAUCCAGUGUUUCACAGUGCAGCCUGUCCUCGAGAUCCCUCCUCGCCUGAAGAACAAACCGGUCCCUGACCAGAUUAUCAACUUCUACAAGUCCAACUACGUGCAGCGGUUUCACUAUUCCAGACCUGUGAGGAAAGGACCUGUGGACCCAAAUAAUGAGUUUGCUUCUAUGUGGAUCGAACGCACAACCUUCACCACUGUGUACAAACUGCCAGGGAUCCUGCGCUGGUUUGAGGCCACUGAUAUGAAACAUACUACCUUGUCUCCGCUGGAGAAUGCUAUUGAGACCAUGGAGUCCACAAAUGAGAAGAUUCUGACCAUGAUUAACCAAUACCAGGCCGACGGGAGCCUUCCCAUCAACCCUCUCUCAAUGCUGCUCAAUGGCAUUGUGGACCCUGCUGUCAUGGGUGGCUUUGCCAAGUAUGAAAAGGCGUUCUUCACUGACGAGUACAACCAGCAGCACCCAGAGGACCGAGAUAAACUGCUGCGCAUUAAAGAUCUCAUCGCAUGGCAGAUUCCAUUACUGGGGGGAGGAAUCUCCCUCCAUGGCAAGAGAGUGACAGAUGAUCUGCGUCCAUUCCAUGAGCGCAUGGAAGAGUGUUUCAAACAGCUCAAGAAGAAGGUGGAGAAGGAGUAUGGAGUGAGAGAGCUGCCUGACCUGGUUGAGAGGAAGUCCACUCGUCCUCGAUCCAUGCUUCGCUCCAUUCGUCAGUCUAUCAUUUCGAUUUCCUCUUUGCAGGGAUCUGAAUGUGGGACUCCAACCAAGCUCCAUGCAGACAGGGACCUCCCCCCUGAGUCACCAGUGUCUUGGACCUCCACCCUGCAGCGCUCCAGUGGCAGCGUGAGCAUAACCUCAGUGGAGGAGGGGGUGGUGACUGUGGGAGAUGCAGAGGUCAAGCUGAGGAAGAGUAAGAAAAAGAAGAAGAGGAGCAGCAUGAUCUUCAUCUCAGAGGAGAGAGAGAGGACAAGUACACUGGACUGCAAACGGCUGUCCAAGAAACAGGAGUUCCGCAGUGACACAAACCUGGCAGAUCCUAAUGAAGGAAACGUCUCGCUGACCAGUGCAAACUCCAGAUCCCUGCCUGCCAUCACAGGUCUUUCCUUGGCAGUGGUGGGGGGAGGAGAGGAGGUGGAAACCACCAGAGCCAGGAGGGACAGUAAAAGCAUGUCUGUCUGUGGGACUUCUGAUCGGACGGCAGACAGACGCUCAAAGGGCGUCAUCAACCUCCUCUUCAAAUCCAAGAGCUCCAAAACAGAGGAUGUGAAGCCCAGUGAUCCAGCCAAAGACAGUGACAGUCAUUUCUAAAAUCCAUCAUUUUAAUGUCUCAUUUCCUUUACUGAUUUAUAUGCAUUUUUUUUUACAAACGGGUUCACAUAAACCUUAAGCCAAAACCAAAUUUAUGCCGUUACUCACUCUCUCUCUCUCUCUCUCAAACACACACACACACACACACACACACACACACACACACACACACACACACACACAGACACA